AAAACAAAUGGACUAUAAAGAGAGGACCAAAUCGAAGAAGCUGUCAUAUCAAAUCAAAGAAAACAAUACAAACUUUGUGGAAAAUCAAGAAAAAUGAAGACAAGUUCGUCAUUGGUGGUUAUCUUUCUCCUCGUACUGAUCUUGCAAACUAACAAACUAGAGAGUGGGCAUGUCCAUUCCACUGAUGAAGACACAGUCAAGAACAUCAACAACAACAUUGAUAAAAGCAACAUAACCACCAAAAUAGUUCUCAAGGACAAGAAAAUAUCAAGUCAUGGUGGAGGAAGCAAUAGCUAUAGAUGGGGAGGUAGCGGCGGUGGAGGAGGAGGAAGUGGCGGUGGAGGUGGUGGUGGUGGUGGAGGUGGUGGUGGUGGUGGUGGUGGUGGAGGAGGUGGUGGCGGUGGGGGCGGAGGUGGUGGAUGGGGAUGGGGAGGAGGAGGUGGUGGUGGUAGAGGAUGGUACAAAUGGGCUUGUGGCCGCGGAGGAGGAAGAGAAGGAAGAGGAGAAUUUGUGAAAAGAGAAUAUGCAGAGUGCAAGGGAAAAGGGAAAUGUAGAGGAAAGAGAUUGGAAUGUCCUCAACAUUGUGGAGGUUUUUGUUUUUAUGAUUGUCUCUUUCUCUGCAAACCGCAUUGCCGUCGUUAGAGAGAUAUAUUGCUUGUUUUCAACGAUCCUAAUUUUUUUUUAUGGUUUCUUUGUUUUUUUUUGUUGUUGUUAUACCCUUAGUUCUUAAAGUUUCUUCUCUAAUC